CUGUCAGGGCAGCAGCAGCAUCCACAGGCAGAGGCAGCAGAUCUUCCGCAGCGCCUCACCUCCCUCUGUAGCGCUCACUCCUCCUCAUCCAGCAGACAUGGACGCGUGACAGCGGAUGCGCGCUGCGCUCUCGCUCCUCCACGCGCUCUUCUAGCUGUGCGCACCGGACCCGAGGCACGUUUCUUCCGACCAGGAAGGGGUUAUUCCUCCCGACCAGACUCGAAGGAGGAGGGGAGGAUCAGCGCAGGAGACCGUCCACACUGACGGUGGAAGACCGUUUUAGGAUAUCUGGCAGCUGAGAGCGGCUCCUUCGCCUCCUGACUCCUCCAUCAUGGCGAGCGACUCUCCUGCUCGGAGUCUCAAUGAAAUCGACCUGUCGGCUUUGAAGGAUCCCGCUGGCAUCUUUGAGGUGGUUGAGCUGGUGGGAAAUGGCACAUAUGGGCAGGUGUACAAGGGUCGCCAUGUUAAGACAGGGCAGCUGGCAGCCAUCAAGGUCAUGGAUGUCACUGGGGAUGAAGAGGAGGAGAUUAAAGCAGAAAUAAACAUGCUGAAGAAGUACAGCAACAACCGCAACAUCGCCACCUACUACGGCGCUUUCAUCAAGAAAAACCCUCCGGGCAUAGAUGACCAGCUAUGGCUGGUGAUGGAGUUUUGCGGCGCCGGCUCGGUGACGGAUUUGAUCAAAAACACAAAGGGAAAUUCUCUAAAGGAGGAGUGGACGUCCUACAUUUGCAGAGAGAUUCUCAGAGGUCUGGCUCAUCUCCACCAGCACAAGGUCAUCCACAGAGACAUCAAGGGACAGAACGUGCUGCUGACGGAGAACGCUGAGGUCAAACUAGUGGACUUUGGCGUUUCGGCCCAGUUGGACAGAACAGUAGGAAAGAGGAACACAUUCAUUGGGACUCCGUACUGGAUGGCACCAGAGGUUAUUGCCUGUGACGAAAAUCCAGCCGCCACUUAUGACUUCAAGAGUGAUGUAUGGUCGCUGGGAAUCACGGCAAUAGAGAUGGCUGAAGGAGCGCCGCCACUGUGUGACAUGCAUCCAAUGAGAGCCCUCUUCCUCAUCCCACGUAACCCCGCCCCCAGACUCAAGUCAAAGAAGUGGUCAAGGAAGCUCCAGUCGUUCAUAGAGUUCUGUUUGGUGAAGAACCCCGGCCAAAGACCCAACACAGAAGAGCUGAGCAAGCACGCCUUCAUCAGGGAGCUGACUAACGACCGGCAGGUCCGCAACCAGCUGAAAGACCACAUCGACCGCACCAAGAAGAGGAGAGGAGAAAGAGAUGAGACGGAAUAUGAGUAUAGUGGCAGCGAAGAGGAGGAUGAAGCGACGGAUGUUGGUGAACCGAGUUCCAUCAUCAACAUCCCCGGAGAGUCAACCCUCAGGAGAGACUUCCUGCGGCUCCAGCUGGCCAAUAAGGAGCGUUCGGAGGUCCAGCGGCGCCAACCGAUGGAGCAACAGCAAAAUGAUGAACGUCAGCGAAUUGUGCUGUCUGAGCGACAGACACGAAUUGAAGCUGGGAAGGAGCAGAGGAAGCAGCUGGAAGAGCAGCAGCGAAGGCUUGAGCUAAAAGCUCAGCAAGAGAGGCUGCUGAGGAUGCGAUAUGAAAAGGCAGAGAGGCUCCGUAAAGAGGAAGAGCGGAGAGAAGCAGCGCAGAGACAACAGGAGUACAUUCGUAGACAGCUGGAAGAAGAGCAGAGACAGUUAGAGAUCCUCCAGCAGCAGUUGCUGCAGGAACAAGCGUUGUUAAUGGAGUAUAAGCGUAAGCAGUUGGAGGAGCAGCGGCAAGCUGAACGUCUACAGCGGCAGCUCCAGACAGAGAGAGCCUACCUGGUGAACCUGCAGCAUCAACAGCAGGAGGCCAAGCAGCAAGAAAAGAAACAACUUUACCACUACAAGGAUUUUGUUACUCCUAAUGACAAACCUGCCUGGGCUAAAGAGGUUCCACAGCACCAAUAUGCUCAUGGUAACCAACCCCAUCUUCAACAGCAGAACUUAUUCAAACACCUGUCCCCAGCUGCCAACCUUCAGAAUCCGUCCAAAGCUAAUGCUCCUAGACGAACCCGGUCCAAUGCCUCCCAAAUCAGCCCUACCAAACUCCCCCAGAUACGCAUUUUAGGAGAACAAGAGAAGGCCCUAGAUCAGAGAGCGAAGCAGGAGCCUCAUCAGGAUGUCAGAGGUAAAAAGGAUCGGAACCAGAGAGGUCGUAGUCCGGGGCCUGCUCAAGAGAAAAGACAAUUUUCUGGCCGAGGGGCCGCAAAGGCACCUGACAGAGACUCUCAAGGGUCAAAACUCAAUCCAGCUGUGGCAAAUGAUCAGAAAGUGAACCCCAGAAUCGUAAUCCUCUCUGACCCCGAUCAGGGCCCAACAUCCCAGCUUCAGCUUCCUGAAACUCAUCUUGGACAAGUCCAGGCUUUUCAGUCUGAAUCUAAGCCCAUGCCUGUGGUUCAACCGGUGGAGGAGCGCUCUAAGAUGAACAGACAAAGCUCCCCAGCACUCCAACACAAAGUGUCCAACCGCAUCUCCGACCCUUCCCUCCCUCCCCGCUCCGAGUCCUUCAGCAGCGGGGGGGUGCAGCCCACCUGCACCCCACCCAUCCACCGCCCCAUCGAACCACAGAUGGCUCACCUGGUCCCUGUAAAGACCCACUCUGGGUCCAUGUCCACCUCUCAGUCACUCCAAGAUCAAACGGGUUCAGGACCAAAUGAAAGUGUAAGCGGUCCUCCACAGAGACCCGAGAUGCCCCGUCAGGACUCAGACCCCUCCUCAGACACCCCCGAUCCCCCACAGCGCAUCGCCGGCAGGGAAGACAGAGACAGGGACAAGGACCGGGACAGGACGGCCUGGCUCAGAGACGAGGACGUCCCGCCAAAGGUCCCACAGAGAACCACCUCCAUCUCUCCAGCCCUGGUCAGGAAAAACUCGCCCAAUGGCGGCGUGGGUUUGGGACCACGUGCAGGUUCCCAGCUUGCACGUGCCAGCAAUCCAGACCUGCGGCGCUCCGAGCUUUCACUAGAUGCCAUGCUGCAGAGAACCUCAUCUAACUCUUCAUCCUCAUCCUCCCCUUCAUCUCAGGGAGGCUCAGCUGGGAGGAGAGGCCAAACGAAGAAGGAAGAAUCACCUCCAGGAGCCAAUCAGGAGGCCAAACCCAAACAGGAAGAGGGUCGUGAAUCUGCCAGACCCAGCAGGCCUGCAAGCUAUAAGAAAGCCAUAGAUGAGGAGGAGCUGGACCUAAGUGCCCUGGCGAAGGAACUCAGAGAACUGAGGGUGGAAGAAGGAAGCAGACCUCCAAUAAAAGUUACAGACUACUCAUCCUCCAGUGAAGGAUCAGAGAGCAGCGAUGAGGAUGGCGAGGCAGUGGGGCAUGAUGGGACUGUUGCUGUUAGCGACAUCCCCCGCAUCAUGCCAUCAGUGCAGAGCAGCGGUGAGUCGUAUGGAGGGCUGUCAGAAGAUGCUGUGGGUGAUGCCUAUAAUAGCUCCAAGGACAGCACUCUAGUGAUGAGAGAGGCAAAAGAAAGGAGGAGGGGUAGUCACACAGAAAGUAAUGGGUUUGGUAACCACGGCAACCUACCUGACCUUGUGCAACAGAGCAACUCGCCAUCAGCCACCAUGGCCCUGCAGGAGCUGAACGACAUGUCAGAGUUCAGAGUGGGCGGGUCCAAAACAUCCUUUACCCCAUUUGUUGAUCCACGGGUCUACCAAACGUCUCCGAGUGAAAGCAACGAUGAGAGUUCUGCUGCAGCUAUGUUUGCCAACGAGCUGCUGAGGCAGGAACAGGCCCGACUGAACGAAGCCAGAAAGAUCUCGGUGGUGAAUGUCAACCCCACAAACAUCAGACCCCACAGUGACACACCGGAGAUCCGAAAGUACAAGAAACGCUUCAAUUCGGAGAUCCUGUGCGCUGCACUCUGGGGCGUCAACCUGCUGGUGGGGACAGAAAAUGGUUUAAUGCUGCUUGACCGAAGUGGGCAGGGGAAAGUCUAUAACCUGAUUACCAGACGGCGAUUCCUGCAGAUGGAUGUGCUGGAGGGGCUCAACGUUCUAGUAACGAUAUCUGGGAAAAAGAAUAAGUUGCGGGUUUAUUAUUUGUCUUGGCUGAGGAACAGAAUAUUGCAUAACGACCCAGAAGUUGAGAAAAAGCAGGGUUGGAUUACUGUUGGAGAUUUAGAGGGAUGUGUGCAUUAUAAAGUUGUUAAAUAUGAGCGCAUUAAGUUCCUGGUGAUCGCACUAAAGAACUCUGUGGAAAUCUACGCUUGGGCGCCCAAACCCUACCACAAGUUUAUGGCUUUCAAGUCGUUCACUGAGUUGCAACACCGCCCCCUUCUGGUUGACCUCACAGUGGAGGAAGGCCAAAGGUUAAAGGUUAUCUACGGCUCAACUGUGGGCUUUCAUGUGGUUGACGUGGACUCAGGCAACCCUUAUGACAUUUAUAUCCCUUCACAUUGUUCCAGACAGACGAAGAUCCAGAGCCAGGUGACCCCCCAUGCCAUCGUGGUGCUUCCGAAGACUGAUGGGAUGGAGAUGCUGCUGUGUUACGAGGAUGAGGGGGUCUACGUGAACACCUACGGCAGGAUCACCAAGGACGUGGUGCUGCAGUGGGGAGAGAUGCCCACCUCUGUUGCCUAUAUCCAUUCUAAUCAGAUUAUGGGUUGGGGAGAGAAAGCCAUUGAGAUCCGCUCUGUGGAGACGGGUCAUCUGGAUGGAGUCUUCAUGCACAAAAGAGCUCAGAGACUUAAAUUCUUGUGUGAGCGAAACGAUAAGGUGUUCUUUGCAUCUGUGCGUUCGGGAGGCAGCAGCCAAGUUUUCUUCAUGACACUCAACAGGAAUUCUAUGAUGAACUGGUGAUGCAUCUGCCUGGAAAAUCACAGUCCUUCCAGCCGUCUUACGAAAGAACCCAGACGCCAUGAAUGAACUCUUUUAACACUGGACAGACUAAUGCAGUCAAAAGAAUUAACUCAAAAGAAAAAAAAACAAAGAAGUAAUCCUAGAUUAAAGGUUGCACAGAAGCCAUUGUUACUCAAGUGACUGGAAAACUGGUGCCACUAACUUUCCAAAUAUUGUGUCUUUUCCUUUUUUCUCUGGAAACUUUUCUCACCUUCAUUCUGUCACUCUGGUUUUCUGAACUUGUGGAUUACUUUUUUUUUUGUCAUCCUCACCUCCUGUCCUUUACCUAACUCCUGGAAAAUGCAUCUCCCAAACAGGGGAAUAUGGAUGAAAAUAAUUUGACCUAAAUUGACUUGUUUGUCUUAUCAGGUUUGUUCUGAAAAGUGACAAACUGAGUCCUAAGCAAGACUGAUCCACUUCCUCCCCAACACCGUUAUUUUGUUCUUACUGACGAAGAGAAAAACUCUCCUGUCAACAAUAUGCAAAUAUGCCAAUCAAGCCUCUCCCCCAUCCCGCCUGUCCCUCACCAUCCUCACCUCCUCCUUAACCUCUGAAGGUGCUGCAUCAGAUAUACUGUAACCUGAAAUGAACAAUGAGAGCAUCAUUGUAUUCAUUUUACUAGUUUCAGAUCUUGUUUUUCUCUGUGGAACAGUUCGGACUCAGCCAGUCUCUGUAGUUUGAAAAGUGUACAGCACAUUUGGGUUUCUGAAAUCAGGAGUGUGUGUCUGUCUGUCCGUCUGUGUGUGUGUGAGUGCACAUGUUUUUAUGUGUGUUUGAUGCGGAAGUCUGCAGUUCAAAGCAGAACGCUAAAAAUCAACGUCCUGCCACCGUCGAGUCUAUGAUACCUGCUGCGUCAAAGAAAGAUGGACUUCUUUUUCAGGCAGUUCCUUGGUAGGAAGUUGGUGUGUCUGAGCACUGUUUAUGAAAAAAAAGAGGCAAUAUUAAAGAUUAUGGGAUCUGUUUGGUUCUUUUAGCGCAGCAGUGUGGCUAAGAUGCUUACAAAGAGCUGAUCCUAAAAACAACCUCAGCAGAGCUUUUGUCCCAAAAACUGUGCAUGUGUGGAGCACUCAGUGCUGAAGAACAUUGGUGUCUAUUGCAGUCAUGCUCCUCCCUGGUUUCUUUUUUUUUUUGGUUCCUAACUGUACAGUGCCUAGCAUGAUGUGAGAAGAACUCAUACAGAGGCCAAACGAUGAUGGUUAGCAUUCAAAUGUUUUUUAGAGUUUUUUUUUUUUUUCUUGCUUCUUUUUUGCCCGGUUGUUUCUGUGUUAUGGAAGCUUAACACAUUGUUGAUUUGUCUCUAUCGGAGGCCCAUUAAUAAAACCUAAAAUUGUAUUUGUUUCUUGAAAGGAGCAACUGGAUUUGGUGUGAGCAAUCUUCUCCAAAAGUGUUGCACAUUUCUGAUGGGAACAUUUCUCCAAAACAGGGAGGAAAAAUGUAAAAGAGGGUUGAUGAAAUGAAACAUCUUUUUUUUUUUUCUGUCAAGAUUGAGAUUGUCUAUUUUAAGGUCCGUUCAUCAGGGAUUUCUCUUGCCAUUUCCACCUGAUGCAGUCCGAAAAACACUUUAAAAGCUUGGGAAACUGCUUUUCUUUGAGUAACUUUACUCUUGCACAUCAUUCUUUCAUCAUUUUAGGAAAAAUACAAAAUGAUACAAGAUGUCAAGUUUUAUUCUUUUAAAUACUCAAAAUGUUUACUUUUUAAAUGUGAAGGGACUUUUUACUGUAGCUGUUCCCAAGUUGCCAUACGUUUGGCUCUAUCUGAACGGGCUAAUGUUUUAGCAAUAAAGAGCCGAGCGGAUGAAACCACUGUCUUCCCUGGAUGCGCACGUAGUAGUGUUAGCAUGAACGGGGCAUCAUUAAUGUUUGUCCAUUAUCAGAGUCUCUGUUGGGAAAUCUGGAGGUUUCUCCUUUCAAAGACAACAAAAAA